UGAGGUCAUGACAGUGCCUUGUAGUUCACCGUUCUCUGAGGAGGUCUCCAGGUGUUACUUCAGAGAUGUUAUCCUGGGCAUCGAAUACCGUAAGUUUUAAUAGGUUUAUGGUGAAUGUUAGUGAGUGAUCACACUGUGCUGCAAAGUGUCCGCUGGAUCACACUGUGCUGCAAAGUGUCCACUGGAUCACACUGUGCUGCAAAGUGUCCACUGGAUCACACUGUGCUGCAAAGUGUCCACUGGAUCAUACUGUGCUGCAAAGUGUCCACUGAAUCACACUGUGCUGCAAAGUGUCCGCUAGAUAACACUGUGUAAAGUGUCCACUAGAUCACACUGUGCAAAGUGUCCAUUAGACCACACUGUGAAAAGUGUCCACUAAAGCAGUGAAGUGUCCACUAGAGCAGGGUUUCCCGACCCCCCACCCCCUCAACCACCGACAAGUUUGAUAAUUGCACCAAGGACCGGUGCCAGAUGUAUUCCUUAUAUUUUGGUUUUUUUUGCACAAAAAUAUUCAUGUUGUAUAGUGUCCACUAGAGCAGGGUUUCCCGACCCCCCCCCCCUCAACCACCGACAAGUUUGAUAAUUGCACCAAGGACCGGUGCCAGAUGUAUUCAUUAUAUUUUGGUUUUAUUUGAACAUAAAUAUUCAUGUUGUACAGACCAGCAAUGUAAGGCACCUUGGAUGGGUGCAAGUAGGUGGACCAGCAUUUGCAUAAAGUUGAGCUAGAUGCAACCAACUUCUAGAUUGUACAUAACACAGUCUACAAGUCAUUUAAAGAGGGAGAAUAGACAGAGUCUGUGUCAUUUUAAAGGGAGAAUAUCACACAGUCGUAUCAAAGGGUCUCAGAUGCCUGCACUGGAAUCAGUGGGCCACAUUACACUACAUAUGCGUAUGAUUAUGAGGUUGCGGUGACAUAUGUGGGCUGUGUGUUUGAACCCAUACACCAGAGUCUGAUAUAAAUAAAAAUGUAUGCAUUAUUUUAAUGAUUUAGUGUUGUUGCUAUGAGUGCGGCGUAUGUGAAUGAAUAUAAAAGUCAUAAGAAAAAGAACACGUUACUCAGAAGGAUGAAUAAAGAAACCAGCAGAUUUUGAAAGGAAGGAUUCUUGUCAGAGAGAGACUUACUGUCCUGCAUCAUUGUCAUGUGUACACAUGCUGGUCACUAUCUGUGAAUGUGUCAACAUGGCAUUUAAAAGGCUGGUCACUAUCUGUGAAUGUGUCAACAUGGCAUUUAAAAGCUAUGGGGGAGUCAUCGAUUUGGAAAAAUUACAUUAUGUGGAAAAUGUGGGUCUGUUUGACAAAAAUUUGCAAAACCACUUAAAGAUUUUUUUGGUUUUCUAUUUCAGUACAUUAUCAAGUUGUUAAAACAUUUUUUGUGUUCCAUAUUUCAGUACAUUAUCAAGUUGUUAAAACAUUUUUUGUUCCAUAUUUCAGUACAUUAUCAAGUUGUUAAAACAUUUUUGUUCUAUAUUUCAGUACAUUAUCAAGUUGUUAAAACCUUUUUUGUUCCAUAUUUCAGUACAUUAUCAAGUUGUUAAAACCUUUUUUGUUCCAUAUUUCAGUACAUUAUCAAGUUGUUAAAACCUUUUUUGUUCUAUAUUUCAGUACAUUAUCAAGUUGUUAAAACCUUUUUUGUUCUAUAUUUCAGUACAUUAUCAAGUUGUUAAAACCUUUUUUGUUCCAUAUUUCAGUACAUUAUCAAGUUGUUAAAACCUUUUUUGUUCUAUAUUUCAGUACAUUAUCAAGUUGUUAAAACCUUUUUUGUUCCAUAUUUCAGUACAUUAUCAAGUUGUUAAAACCUUUUUUGUUCUAUAUUUCAGUACAUUAUCAAGUUGUUAAAACCUUUUUUGUUCCAUAUUUCAGUACAUUAUCAAGUUGUUAAAACCUUUUUUGUUCUAUAUUUCAGUACAUUAUCAAGUUGUUAAAACCUUUUUUGUUCCAUAUUUCAGAACAUUAUCAAGUUGUUAAAACCUUUUUUUUUCUAUAUUUCAGUACAUUAUCAAGUUGUUAAAACCUUUUUUGUUCUAUAUUUCAGUACAUUAUCAGAAAAUCAUCCACAGGGACAUAAAACCAUCAAAUCUUCUGCUGGGUGAUGAUGGCCACAUUAAGGUAAGGGCCAUUGAUGAUGGCCACAUUAAGGUAUGGGCCAUGCUUUCAUUGGGUGUAGUAGCUGAUAAACUGAGAGCAAUAGUUUUUGAAAGCUUAUCAGCUCAGCCGUUCAACUGGUUUCUAUUUGAUUGGUUGACAGGGUAGGGAUUUGUUUCUAUUUGAUUGGUUGACAGGGUAGGGAUUUGUUUCUAUUUGAUUGGUUGACAGGGUAGGGAUUUGUUUCUAUUUGAUUGGUUGACAGGGUAGGGAUUUUGUUGUUUUUAAAUGUCAAAGUUACUUGGUAGGUCUUUUAAAUGACAUCAUCAUUUUGUAUUCAAUACAUUUUAUUGUAUGCUGAACUGACUUUGACUUUGAACCAAAUUAAAAUUUCCCAAUAAUUUUAUUUUUGACCAGUGACAGACUGUGAUGAAUGAUUUGCGGGUUCGCCUAAAUUAAUUAAUAUCUAUAGCAGAUACACGUCUGCAAAAUAAAGUGACCGGCAGAUUGCAAUAUAAAUAUCGGUCAUCUACUUUUGGAAGUUAACUUUUUUUGACAUCUGCUUAACUCGAUCAUGCCAGAUACAUGACGCCAGUAGUUAUUGUACACAUUAUAUAUGCUGUAUGUUUAUUUAUUUACUAUUAAGGUAUUGUAUGGUACUGCAUUGUACAAUUUUGAGGCGAUUCCAUUUCCAUAUGAUUUUAAGAGUUUGAGGGUAACCUGGUCAUAUUGUUGACAUUUAAUAGAAAGAUGAGAGAUUAAAAAAUUGACAUUUAAGAUAGGUAGGAUGUGACAUAAAGAGAGUGUAUAAUUGUUACCUAUACCAGCUAGGAUGUCACAUAUAAUUGCUACCAACACCAUCUUAGGAUGUCACAUAUAAAUUGUUACCAACACCAUCUAGGAUGUCCCAUAUAAAUUGUUACCAACACCAUCUAGGAUGUCACAUAUAAAUUGUUACCAACACCAUCUAGGAUGUCACAUAUAAAUUUACUAAAAGGUAUAUCUUUAAUGGCUUUUUUUUUGUUGUUGCCAAGAUUGCAGAUUUCGGUGUCAGUAAUGAGUUCAGUGGAGGGGAUGCCUCCCUGACCAAUUCAGCAGGAACACCCGCCUUCAUGGCCCCCGAGACACUCAGGGACGAGGCACAGAACUUUCAGGGAAAGGUAACUCUAACAGAUUGGAAACAUCAAUAGUCUCCCCCUUGCCUAAUAAAGAAAUUAGGUAGUAGUGAUUAAUAGUAAUUGUAAUAGUAACAGUAAUUGAGUAAUAGUGAGGUGAAAUAGCUGCAAAAGAAUUUUUUCAUUCAAUUUUUUUAGUGGGGUUGAGGGCAAAAUAGUUAACUGUUAAAUAUAUAAAUAUUUACUGUACAAGGGAGUAUGCAGGGGCAUAAUUAUCACUUGUGUGACCUAAAAAUAUUGUGUUUAAAUGACUUCCCAGGCAUUAGACAUAUGGGCCAUGGGGGUGACCUUGUACUGCUUCAUUUAUGGAAGGGUGCCUUUUGAAGAGGAAUAUGUUCUGGGACUGCAUAAAAAGAUUCUUAAGGACCCAGUCAGGUUUCCAGAAAAGUAAGUCUGUGUCUUGAGUGCAUGUGUCUGAUUUGCUGGUCAGGUAACCCAUUCUGUGAUACACCAUUCGGGGAUGCACUAUUCAGUAUUCAGUGAUGCACCAUUUAGUGAUGAACCAUUCAAUGGUGCUCCAUUUAGUGAUGCAUCAUUUAGAGAUGCACCAUUCAAUGAUGCACCAUCUAGUGAUGCACCAUGAACAUUCAAACCUUUAAUGAGAACUAUAAAAUAAAAGAACUAAAGAAUAAAUGUAGUUAAGAAAUAGAUUGAUUUUAAUACAAGACUUUAGCUGGACAAGAGAGGACAUUCUAGAUCUGGUUUGAAGUUUAAACAAAUGAGUGUACUCCACCUACUCUACCUACUAGUUGUAAAAUUGCAGAUAUGCUAAUGUGUUCACUUAAUCCCCCCCUCCUACCCCCCCUAUUGUCCAGUUGAAUUAAAUAGAAAUUUAAAGAGCAUUUUAAGUGUGCACAAAAAUAUUUCAGUACCAGAACUGUAUGAAUUGACAAUCCUAUUACAGGCCUUCAGUCAGUGAGGAGUUAAAGGACCUGAUCCUGAGAAUGUUGGAUAAAAAUCCUUCAACGAGGAUAACUCUAGCUGAAAUUAAAGUAAGGAAUUCAAGGGUUUAUAAUCUGGAUCAAUAGAAAUCAAGUUUACACUGUAUUGAUCUUGUUUGUAUAGUGUAGCAGAGUGGUUGGAUGUGGUGGUAUGGCUAGAUGUGGCGGUAUGACUAGAUGUGGUGGUAUGGCUAGAUGUGGUGGUAUGGCUAGAUGUGGUGGUAUGGCUAGAUGUGGCGGUAUGGCUAGAUGUUGUGGUAUGGUUAGUUGUGCUUUGGUUACAUGGGGUUGUACGGCAUGUCAUGUGGUGGCAUAGCUACACUUAUGACUAGAUGUGGCUGUAGGACUUAUUUAUAAAAGAAGUAAAAGUGCGGUUGUAUAUAAGCUCAAAUUAAACAUUUCAUCCAUUGUUUUUUAAAAUGGAUAUUUUGUGUUAUAAAAAUUUAAAGUGCUAAUGCACGGGUGCUAAGUGGAUGCACAUGUUUCUGAGUGGAUAUAACCACUUGUGCAUGGAUGCACUUAUGUAAUUUCUUGUUUUAUUUACAGGAACAUCAGUGGGUCACCUGCCAUGGCCAGUUCCCCAUGCCAACCGAAGAAGCCAACUGUGAAUUGGUGACACUGACAGAUGAGGACAUGGAGAAUGUUGUGAAACAUGUUCCAAAGAUUGAGACACUGGUAGGUGUUUGUCUAUGACAUCCUAGUUCAGUGUUCCCUUAAAGGUGUUCCAUGCGCUGGCACAGGUCCAUGAGCUUUACAUUGUCUGUCCACACAAAACAAAUAUUUAUGGUCAAAUAAAAAAAUUUUAAGUAAUUUGACAACAGUCUGUGAUUCAUUUUUGAAGCUUGUCACCAGUCAGCCAAACUUUAAAUUUGGGAAAUGCUGUCCCAUUUUGUUUAUUAGUUUGUAAUAUUAUUUCAUCAUAGCAGCUUUUCAAGAAAUAAAUAUAUUUUCAUAAAUAAAAAUAUUUUGUACAUGAUAUGUAACAAGUUUUUAAUGAAACUAAUGUAUGUUGGCAGAUUAUGGUGAAGAAAAUCUUGAAGCAACGAUCAUUCCGUAACCCGUACAUCGGCACCAAGCUGAGUGCCAGUGUGAAAGAAGAGUUCCAGAGAACUGGGCGCUCCAAUUCUGCCCCAGAGUCUUUCAAUCACAUUAUAAAAAGGUAUGGAGGCCCUGUAGGUUAGGUCACUUUUGAGGGCAUAGAUUAUUCUUCUUGGUGGAUUGGGUCAUUCUUUGAGUGUCUGAUAACCCUUGGGAAAUAGGUUAUUCUUGGGGAAAUAAGUCAUGCUUAAGGGAAUAUAUCAUUCAUGGGGGACAUAGGUAAUUCUUGGGGAAAUAAGUCAUGCUUAAGGGAAUAUAUCAUUCAUGGGGGACAUAGGUUUUUCUUGAAGAACAUGUCAAUUCUUAGACAAUAGGUCAUUUAGGUCAUUCUCUUUGGAUUAGGUCAUUUUUGGUGGAUAGGGACUCUCAGUUGAUUGAUUGGUCUGUUGUUGUAUGAGGUUGUUACAAAAUGUUUCCAACCGAGUCACGUAGUAUGAUCAGAAGUUAAUGGAAAAUUAAACAAUCGCAAAGCAUGCAAAAAUAUAUCACACAAAAAAAAGGGUUAAAAUAAUAGUAAUCCAUACAAAUUGUUCUCAGUGACCAUCUCCUAUAAAUUAUUAAAACCUUGUAUAAAUUUGACUAACAUAAAUAGAUAAUAGCUGAUCCACACAAAUAGUGACUGACUUUAUCGAUAAAUUUUAAGUUAGGCUGUUAGUUAGUCCCCUUGGAAGUUAUUGUUAAUGUUUGGUGUGAUUUCUCUUCUGUUUCAGAAAAGUAUCUUCAGAUGCAAACAUAGAUGUCCCAUUAAUGGAAGACAGUUGAUAGUGAACUUGCUUAUGGUGUGUUGGAAGAAAGAUUGAAUGUGUUAGAGAAGGACUGAAGUACAGCAAAGACUGAAUGUGUAAAAGAAGUACUGAAGUACAGCAAAGACUGAAUGUGUAAGAGAAGUACUGAAGUAAAGCAAAGACUGAAUGUGUAAGAGAAGUACUGAAGUAAAGCAAAGACUGAAUGUGUAAGAGAAGUAUUGAAGUAAAGCAACGACUGAAUGUGUAAGAGAAGUACUGAAGUAAAGCAACGACUGAAUGUAUAAGAGAAGCACUGAAGUAAAGCAAAGACUGAAUGUGUAAGAGAAGUAUUGAAGUAAAGCAAAGACUGAAUGUAUAAGAGAAGUAUUGAAGUACAGCAAAGACUGAAUGUGUAAGAGAAGUAUUGAAGUACAGCAAAGACUGAAUGUGUAAGAGAAGGACUGAAGUACAGCAAAGACAGAAUGUGUAAAGCUGUGAGAGGUAUUUAAAAUUGCAUAAUUCACCUUCAGGCCAUUCCAAGUCACUACACAUAUUUUGAGUCAUAUUGAUGGUUAGAUGAUGUUAAAUAUCUAUUUUAUUAAGGAAUGUCUAUUUUUAAAACAAUUGCCUACACUACAGUACAUGUAUUAUAAACAGAUAUUUAUGCAACAUGAUGUUAGAGCCCCUUAGUCCUAUAUAUAUAAAUAUAUAUAUUUUACCACCGAAAAGUAUAUUUUUUAAAGAAUUCUCUAUUGUCCAUUACAUUGCACAAAAGUGAUUAUUAUAAAAUAUUUAUUUCACCACAGAAAUCUCUAUUUUGAAUCUAAUCUAUCCAGUUCAAUGUGGUUUAUUAUAAUUCAUUAUAUUUGCCAGAGGAGUGUCUAUUUUUAAAUGGAGCACAAAAAUAUGUGAGCCACCCAUAUUUUUUCUAAAACUGUCACAUUUGUAAAAUAAAAUUUUUAAUUCCUCAUCAUUUUGUAGUUUUAAUUAUGCUAUACAAUCUCUCCUCCAAACCAUUUAGUCUGGGGAGAAUUUAUUUGUUUUCUGUCCACAGAUUUUAAUUUUAUAUUACCAUUUUUAUUAUGAUGUGUGUUGCAAAUUAAUGUAAUCAUCAACAAUAUGCAAAUCAAAGAAAGAUUAGAAAAGUUCUAAAAAUACGGAUCAUGGGAUCUUUUAUUGCAAAGGUUUCCUUAAAAAAACUGAAACAGAUUUUAUAAUGAUGUUGAAUGAGCAAUAUGAAAGUGUUGUUUUGCAAUUGAUCUCUCUUUGUUUAUUAUACUUGGUUAAUAACAUCUCUCACUUGAAAUUUGUUUCAUAAAAAAUAUUAAAAUUAGCUAGAAUAUUCUCACUGUAUGAGACAAAACACAAUAUUCCAGAUUUCUCUGCAAGGGGCAUGUUAUUUUAAAUUAAUAAAUGUUUGAAUACAUAACAAAAAGAUUGUGUGCAAAAAAAUAAAGAAAAAACAGCCCUUAGUAAGACAUUGUUGUAGCCUUUAAUUAAACACUAUCUUCCAUUUUCAAAACACACCAAAAAAAAGAAAAGAAUAAAAAUAUAAAAAAAAAGAAAGAAAGAAAUGUAUUUUGCAAAACACAAAAUUGUGAUUUUAUAAACUUGAUGAGCAAAAAAAAAGUAGGCUAUAAUUUAAAUAAAAAUUAUUAGAAAUGUUUAAACUUUAGAUUGUUCCUUUGAUGAGUGGCAUUGGUAGAAAACUUAAUAAGGUGUAACAAUUAUAUUUUAAGUGAGUGCUUGUACAUUUUUGCUUUUUUUAAAUUACUUACAUUUUUUUACAUAAAUGUCUGUGCUUACUUUCUCCCAGUAUUUUGUGCACAAAAUCCUAAAAUAAUCCCCGUCCCCUCUGCACAUUAUCAUUAUGCAAUUUUCUUUAGUAUAAUUUGAAUGCUGUAAUUUUUACUCAUAACUUUUAUGACACAAAGAAAUCUUAUUAUCACUAGUGAAAUGAUUCAAUAAUGCAUUAUUGUUUUAUUUUUUAAUAUUAAGUCGUCAAUACAUUGUCACCUCUUUGCUGUAGUUGACCUGGUUACAUAUUAUAGUUCUUAAUAGGUUAAUACUAUUUAACCCUAUUGCCUGUUGUUGAAAUGCAAAAUUCAGGUGACCAUUAUGUCCAUAAUUUUGCCCAAUUUCUUUUGAAACUUAGCAAUACUAGACUAAUUUUUAAAAUUAUUAAUGCAUGAUUUUGUCAAAAUCCCCCUUUUCUUUAAAAAAAGUCAUUUUAUUCCUUCCAACCUGUAUGGUAUAAGUUCAGUCCAAGCUGUAAGCCCAUUUUCAAUCAAAGCUGUUAGCAUAUGUUCAAAGUUGUAAGCAUAUGUUCAAUCAAAGUUGUAAGCAUAUGUUCAGUCAAAGCUGUUAGCAUAUGUUCAGUCAAAGCUGUAAGCCCAUUUUCAAUCAAAGCUGUUAGCAUAUGUUCAAAGUUGUAAGCAUAUGUUCAAUCAAAGUUGUAAGCAUAUGUUCAGUCAAAGCUGUUAGCAUAUGUUCAGUCAAAGCUGUAAGCCCAUUUUCAAUCAAAGCUGUUAGCAUAUGUUCAGUCAAAGUUGUAAGCCUAUAUAUUUAAUAAUUCUCAAUGCAAAAAGUAUGACAUCAUUUUCCUAUAUAAAUAAACCCUUUAUCUUUUUGUCCACAAUUUUAGAAAUGAUAAAAAUAUGGUCAGUGGUCAUCCUAUUUAAACGUUUCAACAUAUGGCAACGAGAUUUUAUUUUUAUUUUUUUGCUAGCAAAUUUCACAUGCAAAAUAAAAAAGAAAGUAUGUUAAAGCAAUUUACUUUUUACUAUACAAUUUUUUUCACCAAAAAUUCAUUGCAAAAAAUUGUAUGAUGUUCUAAGUGGACACUCAAAUAUACUUCAAAAGAUUGAAGAAGGUUCAAUGAUUAUUCUAAUUCCAAAACUUGACAUUAGAUUUUAGUGUUGUUUUAUUUCUUUUGCUAUAUGUCAUUUGAUUCAGCCCGAUUGGAAAAACAGUAAUUGCAUUCAAGAACCAACCAAUUUAAGCAUUAUAAUGAGGUUUGGAUUUUAAAAU